UAUAGUAAAAAUAAAUCGUUAGCUUAACUUUUGUGUUUUUUUUUUCAUUUGAAGCGUGAGGUGAACUUCGAACUGCACUUAUCUUAGUUGAAAUAUACAGUUUAGUGAAUUAAAGAACAUAGGUAGUCUAUUUGUGAUGAAUAAAUUAUUAUUUUUUACUACUUUUAAAUCGAUUGAACCACUUUAAAAUAACUAAAAACAAUCGUUUGUUAUAGUUUACAAUAUAAAAUAUUUACUCAGCUCAUUGCUAUUAUCAGUUUUUCAGUCUUUUUAGACGAAGGCAGAUGGGAUCUUCAUUAUCAUCUCAUUUCACCCAUAUCAGUAGUUGUUUGUUUGUCAAAUAUGUUUGUUAGAGAAGACAAAAAUUCACGUUCAAAGAAAAUAUUAUCUUACUCUUCUAACCGAGGUUAUCACAAAAAAUAACUAUAGCAAAACAAACUUUUAUUAUUUUGAAGCAGUAGUUUUUAGAGUGAAUUGAAGCAGUUCCAUCUUAUUUUGUAAACAAGUCGGUUGAACUCGCAAAGUCUAAGAAAUGAAACUUUCUUCAAAGAUUUUUCUAUUAAUUCUUAUUUAUUAUGAAUUGUCGAGUUUAACUUUUACAUUUCCUACAGUCGAAAAAGAAAGUCUUUAUGGUCAAGACUUGCAUUCUGAAGAGUUUCGGGUGUUGUAUUCAAAACGAAUGAAAUCAUUCAUGAAUACUUCAAUUGAUCCCUGUGAUGAUUUCUACGAAUACGCUUGUGGAAACUAUCCAAAUGUUAUUGAAGACAUUGAGCUAACUCAUAAGCAUGGCAGUUUUUAUGAUGUAUUUCAUUCCAUGGACAAAUAUAUCGAUGAAAUUCUUCAGAAGAAACGUCAACCAAACGAGAAGUAUUACGGAGAAUUGCAAAAGGUCAAACAAUUUGUGGAAAUCUGUGACAGUGCUGAUCUUUUCCCAUUCAAACCAAGUGAAGAAUAUCUAAGUAUUAUCAAGGACAUUGGAGGAUUUCCUGCUGUGGAUCCAACCUGGAAUGUCUCAGCAUUCAAUUGGUUCAAUAUGACUUCACAUCUGGUUCGAUAUGGUGUUAUUGGUUUCGUUAAGGAAGAUAUCUUUAUGAAAUAUCCCUAUCCACCGAUUUACAAAAUUGGGAACUUCGGUUUUGGUUUUGAUGUUUAUUUGGAAAACAUUGAAACAAAUGAGUCUUUAGGGUAUGUACACAAUGUUGCAAUGAUGAAAAGACUUCUCAAAAUCUACGGAGUUGUUGGUUCAACAGCUGACAAAGUGAUUGAAGAAAUUAUUGAUUUUUGGAGAGAAGCUUUGGUCGUACAAAACAAAACCAAAGACAAUAAUUAUAUUGAAUUUGAAGAAAAUUUCUCUCAAUGGAAUUCUUUGAUCGAGAUUGGUUGGAACUUACAGAAUUAUUCAGAAAAAGAUUUCGCUCCAUGUCCUUGUGGAAUGUAUUUCAAUCAACUUAAUUUAAUGGCCAAUAAGAGUUCUAAAGCUUUUGCAAAUUAUAUGGCUUUGAAAUUUCUUUACAAAAUGUAUCCUCAAGUAAAAUCUGUUGAGCAUCAACAUCAGCAUUGUUUGACAAAAGUCAAAUAUGGAAUGCCAAUGGUUUUGACAUAUUUCUACAUUCAAGAACAUUUUAGCAAUGAAACACUUCAAGAAGUCGAAGAAAUUAUAACAGAAAUUGUUAAAAGCUUUACAAUAAUAGUGGAAAAUACUGAUUGGUUGGAUGAAAAAAAUCGUUUUGAUAUAAAAGAAGUUCUGAAAUCCAUUAAAUCAUCUAUUGGGCAAGCAGUUGAUCCGAUCUCUGAUACUUACAUUAUGGAAACAAAGAAACUCAAUUUUACCAACAAUUAUUGUCUCAACAAUCUAGAACUGAGUAAAUUCAAAAUCGACAUAAGUCGUUAUGGCUUCUUACAUUCCGAUAUAAUGGAAAAAGCACUACCUCUUCACAUGUUAACAGCCAUCUUGCCAAAUGCAUUCUACGAUAAUACUAAACACUCGAUAUAUUUAUUAGCAGGCAUACUUUUUCCACCAAUUUAUCAUCGAUCUUUUCCAAAAUCUAUGAAAUACGGUGGCCUUGGGGUUAUUAUUGGACAUGAAAUUGUUCACAGUCUUCAUCCGAAAUAUUUUAAGAAAAUCCAUCCUUGGGCAGAAAAUUCGAUAGUAGCAAUGAAGAAUAAAUCUGUAUGUUUCAUUGAGCAUCUUAGUAAUAUGACUGUUCCAGAACUUAACAUAAAGUUCGAUGGUAUAAAGUGUUUGCAAGAGACUGUUUGCGAUAGUGGUGGCUUGAGAGGAUCUUUGACUGCCUUUCGUCAAAGUGUUUUAAAUGCAGCAUUUGAAAAUAAGAUGAAAGACAGCGAAGCAAUAGAAAUAAUGCCAGCAGGAUUAAAUCUUUCUCAGGAUCAGACAUUUUUCUUGAACUUUGCUCAAGUUCAAUGUGCCAAAUACGAACCAAGACAUUAUUGGAAUGAAUUAAAUGUUCGACAUCCGAUGGCUAAGUAUCGUGUUAUAUUGCCAUUGCAAAAUUUUGACGAAUUUUCUAAAGUCUUUAAUUGUUCAUUGGGAAGUGCAAUGAAUCCGGAGAAAAAAUGCCGCAUGUGGUGAAAAGUUAUAAAAGUAAUUCUUGAACUGAA